AUGAAAGACACGGACAAUGACGAGACACCGGGUACGGGCAUCGGCUUGCAUGGUCAAAACGCAGCGCUACAAGUCAUAUGUCUCGGCCACUCCGGCGGGCCAUGCGAAGAAAAUGUCACUGGUUUCUUGGUGAGGUCGGUGGAGUGUGGAUGGAUGAGGGGUGCGACAUUGGCUGUGGAUGCUGGGAGUCACCUGGCCCCUAUCGUGAGGAUUCUGGAGAGGGACUUUCCUAGUGUUAGUAAGACUUUGCCUGCGAGGACAAGCAGCGAUGGGAGUCUGGGGGCGGAGAAUGGAAAUGGCAAUGGCAAUGGGUCGCGGGCGCCGAACUGUGUGAGCAGGGGUUCUCUGUCGCCUUCACCGCUAAGUGAGGAUCAGGAUGUGCCACGGAGACCUGAGCCUACGAUACUGAAAAGCGGUCCAUUUGCUGGCCUCAAGCUACCGAACGCUUCGGCUCGUGCUAACGCGCUACACGUCCUGCGAUCAUACAUCUCCGCGUACCUGAUUACACACCCUCAUCUCGAUCAUUUCUCCGGCUUCGCAGUCAAUACAGCAGGCUUCCAUGCUACCUCGAAACCGAAGACGCUGGCUGCGUUGCCAAGCACAGUAGAUGCGAUCAAGCACCACAUCUUCAAUGACAUUAUCUGGCCGAAUCUCACGGACGAAGAUGGCGGUGUUGGCUUUGUUACAUUUCAACGGCUCAAAGAAGGUGGCGAUGUCAUGGUGGGCGAAGGCGAGGGUAGAGGCUACAUCGACGUAGUGGAGGGUCUGGGCGUGAGAGCGCUGAAAGUAUCCCAUGGGACGUGCACGAAAGGACCACCUAGCCACCAUCACAGAGGCAGUAUACAUGACCUGCACGAAGCGCACCCGUUUGCGAAUAACGAAGCACCACCGCAAAUGAGUCGGUCACAUUCGGCAUCACAUCAUGCGCAAUUCUCUACUCCUGGCACGCCCGGUCCUACACCACGACAAAGCUUCUAUGCCUCCAAUCAGCCUUCUCCACGGUUGAGGCCAGCAGACACGUCUUGUGUCGUGGACAGUACAGCCUUCUUUAUUCGCGAGAACGAACUAUCCCGCGAAGUCCUCAUCUUCGGCGACGUAGAACCAGACUCGAUAUCUUUGUCACCGCGCAAUCAUACAGUUUGGCAGGAAGCAGCGCGAAAGAUAGUCCACGGAGUGCUAGGAGGAAUCUUUAUCGAAUGCAGUUAUGAUGACAGUCAAGCCGAUGCCGUACUCUUUGGCCAUCUAUGCCCUCGGCACCUGAUUGCCGAGCUCCAGACCCUGGCAAACAUGGUAAACGAAGCACGAACAACUCGAGCGCGGGAGAAGAAUAUUAGGAAACGCAAACGCUCGCAACAGAAUGGCCUUGAGAUAUCGGCAAGACAUGCUAUAGCCGAAGCGGAUAGCAAACGUAGUCGGAGUGCUGCCGGCGGUGGGCGGCCCCAACCAAGCGAUCUAAGGAGAAGUAGUGUGCCCGAUGCUGGACUCUGGAACGAUGCCCAUAUGACCUCUCCAGCGACCGAACAAAGUAACCCAAUGGAAUCCUCGCAGCACCCGCAGCACUACGCCGUGGGCAGCGUAGCCACUUCGCCCCGAUCGGGCUAUGCGGAGCACGGCGCACCAAGGACUUCGCAGCUCGUUCGGGAAUCGUCCCAAAGCGACCGAGCAGGCCAAGCCGCGCCUCUAGAGGGUAUCAGAGUGGUGAUCAUCCAUAUCAAAGACACGAUGAAAGAUGGUCCGCAUGUAAGUGAGGUCAUUCUUGCCCAGUUGCAAGAUCAUGAGGAACGAUUACGAAGUGAAGGGCAGGCGCUUGGGUGCGAGUUUGUGAUCUCGGAAAGUGGGGAGAGCUAUUGGUUUUGA